AUGCGCACAGAUACUUCCGGGAUGUUGGCAUUUAUUACUGUCUAUAAACGGUGCAUUAGUAGGCGUACGCAAACGGCACUAAGCGAGCUCACGAUAGCAGCUGUGCGCACCUUCAAAGAGCUUCUCAGGACGUAUAAAGACGUACAUACACCCGAACUUCGAAAGUAUACGGCGCAGCCGGAGAGCAGAUUCAAGGGUGAUUCACAAAGCUGUGCAUUCGAUGCCAGCUGUACCUGUUUCCAGAGACGAGCAAUUGUCAGCGGCGGUGAGAUUGAAGCCAGGUUGAGGCUUGCCAGUUUUCUGCUGCUCCUGUUUUGUCCUGACUGGCACACAGCUUGGAAUUUCAGGAAAGCUCAAUUGGUCGACUUAAAGAUUGAUGUGAGUAGUGAGCUUGGUUUGACGACACUCAUUCUCCGUAAGCACCCCAAGAGUGGAUGCACCUGGCAACACAGACGAUUCCUGAUGAAGUUGUUACGGAGACACGGGCCCCUGCAACCACACGACUAUGAGCGUGAAUUCGCGGUGUGUACAAGGGCAGCCGACGCAUACCCCAAGAACUACAUGGCGUGGAAUUAUCGCCGUCUGGUCCUGGGCUUAAACACUCAUGGAGGGAUCUGUUCGGAAGAAGUGCUGAUGACCGAGCUUGCUGCAUCGGAUGUGUGGAUGCAGUCUCACAUAGGAGACUAUUCGGCGCUGAGAUACAGAGCACUGCUGUUAAAGCUCAUCUCCUUCAGCUGUCGGAAUACGAAGCAACGGACAAAAGGUCAAGAGAAAGACCAGGACGUGCUUCAAAACGUUAAACAGAGCGAUUUGAGCUCUCAGGGUCUUCACCGACUGGAGGUUGAACUGACGAGUAAUCAAUCACAAAUACACUUCUACUCCGGCCAUGAAGCCCUUUGGGUGUAUCGCAGAGAUCUACUCGACAUAUGUCAAACGCUUCUUCCAAAGACACACAUGACAGCAAUGCUCGCAGACGAAGCAGAUUGGGUGCAAUGCCAUAGUGGUGCAGAAUCCACCAAGAACAUCGAAGUCACAUCAGGAGGAAAAGUUAGUCAUCCAAUUACCGGUGUCGCUGUGAACAGUGAGAGCGACCGCCAACAAUUAUUCGCACGUCAUUAUUUGCAGAACAUACUUUGGUACACGGCACGCGCAGUUGAGUGACCUCCAACAUCAAUAGCUUAAAUGUGCUUUUGAAUACGCAUUAAGAGUUUGAGUAAGUUUGAUCCCAUUUGCAUGCCGUGUAUGCUGUGACACUCACAGCAUGCAUUUGACAGAACUUCUUCCAUCUAUUGGAAGACUGAUGGGCUGCCGCAGCACAGGAAGCUCUUUCCAUCGCUGGAGGUUGUUGAAGCUCCAGGGGGAGCUUUUUGUAUACUCUCUUUGCUAGUUGCAUUCACUGUCUGCAAGGUCGCACGGGGAUCGACCAUAUUCAGUAUUAGCAGUGCUAUAUCAACUGCACCCAGCAUAUCAACAGCUAAGAAGCAACGGAUAGCUGCCGAACGAA